AUGAUGGUCAAGCUAGUGCAACAGCAGUUGUCGGCGAUGAAUAUCAUCAGCAAGGAAAACCACUUGAUCACUCUGGACCCUUACCUCGAUGAAGAUAAUCUUCUCCGAGUCCGGGAAAGACUACAGGCUAACUUGCCGGAGGACACCAAAAACCAAAUGGUCCUUCCGGCAAAUCAUCCGCUAACGAUCGCACUGAUCCGUUUGUACCAUGCAAAGUAUCUUUAUGCUGGACCACAACUGGUUACCACAGCUUUGAGGCAAAAGUUCUGGAUCGUUCGAGGCAAAAACAUCGUCAAGAAAAUCAUCCGACAGUGCACCAGAUGUUUCCGACGCAACCCCCUGGCGGUUGAGCAACCUGUAGGCGAACUUCCAAGGUGUCGCGUGCAGCUUAACUACCCAUUCUACAACACGGGCGUAGAUGUUGCCGGACCGGUAACAAUACUUCAACGAAACAAGAGGUCAACGGUAAACUACAAGGGCUACAUCGCUGUUUGUAUGGCGACUCGAGCUGUACAUUUGGAACUCGUCGGAGUUCUGACAUCCAAAGUUUUCAUUGCGGCCUUGCAAAGAUUCAUCAGUCGACGAGGUAAAUGUGGUCACAUUUUUUCAGAUAACGGUCGGAAUUUUACAGGUGCAAAGCGAAUCCUUGAGGAGCUUGGACAUCUCUUCCUGUCCGAGCUGCAUCAAACCUCCAUAGUUAACUUCUGCAGCAAGGAAGGAAUGGAAUGGCACUUCCAACCACCAUACGGUCCGAAUUUCGGUGGUAGCUGGGAAGCAGCCGUCAAAUCUACGAAGUCGCAUCUUCGUGUGGUGCUGGGCAACGUCACGAUGACCUACGAAGAGAUGUCAACCAUACUGGUGAGAAUUGAAGGCAUCCUUAACUCUCGCCCUCUGUGUCCUCAAUCAACAGAUCCGACCGACCUGAAUGUCAUCACUCCUGGGCAUUUUCUCAUCUUUCGUCCGAUGAACGACAUACCGGAACCAGACUUUUCGGUAACUAACACUCCACUGAUGAAGCGCUGA